AUGGUUCUGCCUGAUUUUGACGCUGUCAACCUAGAGUCCAAGAGGUUGCUGGAUGCCGGCCUGGAGACUGUGGUGUUUCAGACGCCACCACAGAGCAACGACCAUUUUGAGGCAAGCGGCCGUUUCAUCGCCCUGCACACCGGCCACUUUGAGAGCAUGUGCCGGCACCUGCUGGGCGACUCGGCCGCCAUGGAAGCCCUGCGGGGGCUGGACGCUGACCUGCUGUUUCUGGAUGUUGCCUUCCCCUGCGGCCAAGCGAUCUCGGAGCUGCUGGGCAAGCGCGUGGUGCUGUUUUCCCCCGUCGACAUUGUGGACCCCUUCUGGAGCCGGUUUGGCCGCCUGCCUUACUCGCCAGCCGUCCACGCCGCUCUCGGGUCCGGCCUGGUUCACCCCAUGACCUGGCGGGAGCGAGCGACCAACGCCCUGCUGUCGCCCCUCAUGUUCUGGCUGGGCUCCUCGGUGGCGCGAGCCUCCGCCCAGCGCAUCGCCCGCGACUUUGGCCUGCCUGGCGCCGGCGACCCACGCGACGCGUUCCGCGGCUCGCGCCUGCUGCUGGUCAACGCGGCAGACGGGUUGGUGGGCCCACUACUGGUGGGCGGCGAGCCCAAACCGCUGCCAGCCGACCUGGCCGCCAUCCUGGAGGGUGCUGGGCCCAGGGGUGCGGUGUAUGUGAGCUUUGGCACCACCUUCCGCCCCUCCAGCUGCGACGUGGUGCGGGGCCUGGCGGCGGCGCUGUCCGCCCUCAACCGCACAGUGAUCUGGGGGCUCAACCCAGCCCGCCUCCCAGCCGCCUGCCCUUUGGACGUGUCCAUCCUGCCCGCCAGCAUUCACAUCAUGGAGUGGGUGCCUCAGGCAGAUCUGCUGGGGCACGCGCAGAUCAAGACCUUCCUGUCGCAUGCGGGAGUCAACAGCAUCUAUGAGGCCCCGUACCGUGGCAAGCCGCUGGUGUGCAUGCCCUUGGCCGCCGAUCAGUUUGAUGGCUGCGCCAAGGCGGUCAAGGGAGGCUGGGGCCUGCAAUUCAAAAAGGAGGAGCUCAGCCCCGCGACUGCCCACCGGCUAACAGCCAGGUUGGAGCAGGCGUCGGCCGAGGGGUCGCCGCUCGCGCAGCGUGCAGCGGUUGUCGGUGCCAUGCUGAAGGCGCACUCGCGCCCGGCGCUGGAGCUGGCAGCAGACUGGGUUGAAUAUGCGCUGGCGCUGCCGCAAGAUGCUGACCUGUCUGAUCCCGCCAUGGCCAUGCCCAUGUGGAAACGGUACUGCCUAGACGUGUAUGCGGCGGCGGCGGCCGCGGUGGUCGCAGUGCUUGGCAGCGCCACGCUGGUGCUGCGGGCAGGCGGGCGUAUGGUGUGGCGAUGGCUGACGGCCGGCCGGCGGAGUCACGGCAAGACUGAAUGA